UCUAGCAUUCACCCUGCAUCCAUCUAAUUCCUUCACCACCAAAGCAGUGUGGAGUGUGGACAUGAUCGCCGGAUGUGCAUCUCCAAUGAAAUCGAUAAAUAUGGAUGAACUAGAAUCGUGAGAGACCAAAAGCCGUUACUUUUUGCCUAGUUAUUACAAUAAGGCCAAAAUUUUUGACUAGUCGGCCGCCGCACGUUCAAGAAUUUGGGAGAAACUGGUGGAGACACGUUUGUCAAGGGAAACCCAUACGGCCAUACCCAACCCACAAGCUCCACCACAGCCAAACCACUCUGAACUCAGCAGUAAAAAACCAAAAUGAACUUCCCUUUACUCUCUCUCCUCCUUUUCUUACACCUUUGUCUCGGUUCCUCUUCUCACAACAUCAACUCCGAACUCUUCGAAACUUGGUGCAAACAACAUGGCAAGAGCUACUCUUCAGAACAAGAGAAGCUGUACAGGCUCAAGGUUUUCGAGGACAACUAUGAGUUUGUUACCAAGCACAAUGAUUUGGGCAGCUCAAGUUAUGAGCUUUCUCUUAAUGCUUUUGCCGAUCUUACCCACCAUGAGUUCAAGGCUUCAAAGUUGGGUCUCUCGGGUGCAGGAGCCCGGUUUGAGCAGAGAAAUCUGGGAAGCAUUGGAUUUGUUGGGGAUGUUCCUGCAUCUUUUGAUUGGAGGAGGAAAGGGGCAGUCACUGAGGUCAAAGAUCAAGGGAGUUGUGGUGCGUGCUGGGCAUUUUCAGCGACAGGAGCUAUAGAAGGCAUUAAUAAGAUAGUCACUGGAUCUCUUGUCAGCCUUUCCGAACAGGAGUUAAUAGAUUGUGACAAAUCUUACAACGCUGGCUGUGGGGGUGGACUUAUGGAUUAUGCAUAUCAGUUCAUUGUUGAAAACCACGGAGUCGACACUGAGCAAGAUUAUCCAUUUAUAGCUCGAGAAAGGACCUGCAACAAAGACAAGUUGAGAAGGCAUGUUGUGACUAUUGAUGGUUACACAGAUGUGCCACCUAAUAACGAGAAAGAGUUGCUAAAAGCUGUGGCAGCUCAACCUGUGAGUGUGGGCAUAUGCGGCAGUGAGAGGGCAUUUCAGUUAUACUCAAAGGGCAUUUUCGCUGGUCCGUGUUCAACUUCUUUGGAUCAUGCAGUAUUGAUUGUAGGGUACGGGUCUGAAAAUGGAUUAGAUUAUUGGAUUGUGAAAAAUUCAUGGGGAACGAGUUGGGGAAUGAAUGGAUAUAUUUACAUGGCGCGUAACGGUGGUAACUCUGACGGUGUAUGUGGUAUCAACAUGCUGGCUUCCUAUCCGAGAAAGACCAGCCCUAAUCCCCCGCCCUCACCUCCUCCCGGUCCUACUAAAUGUGAUUUGUUCACUCACUGUGCAGCAGAGGAGACCUGCUGUUGUGCUUAUAGCAUCUUUGGGAUAUGCUUUUCAUGGAGAUGUUGUGAGUUGAACUCUGCCGUGUGUUGUAAGGACCGCCAACAUUGUUGCCCCCAUGAUUAUCCAGUUUGUGACAUACAGAGGAACCAAUGCCUCAAGCAUCAGCAGCAGCUUCCUGGAAAUGUCACGAGAAUGGAAAAUUUUGAGAAGAGGCUUCCUGGAAAGUUCGGUAGUUGGAGUUCGCUUUUUGAGGCUUGGAUUAUGUAAUCAAAGUCUCUUACAGAGUUUGGCGGUUGAAGUUGCCCUUUCUGAGGCUUGGUGUAUGUGGUAAAACUCCCAUUUGUUGUAUCAUUGAGCCUUUUUUGUGAUGGCUCCUGCAGUAUUUUAUCCAGUAUUAAUAUAUUCAGAGACAGUGAAAGUCUAUUUAUGUAAAUCAUUGAAUUGAUUAGUAGUUUGAUGUGGAAACAUAAGCAUCAGCAUAGUGUAAUAACACCAAACCAUUUGGCAAUAGCCUA